AUGAAUUAGAAAAGCUUUUUAACUUGGUUCUAAUUAUUAUUAAAAAGUGAUUAACCUAUUGUAUUAGACUAAACUAAUUGGCUUAGUUUUGUUAGCGAAGUGCUGGAUGUAAUCUGCAGCUUUUUAAUGAAUAAAAUUGACUCAAAAGGUGACAUAUUUUAAAGACAACAAAUUUAAUCUAUAAUCGAGUUACUCUAAAAGCUGAUUUCUAUUCUCAAAAAAUUCGAUGAAAAUAGCAUAAAUGAAUUAUUGAAGUUUAUAUUUUUAGUAUUUUUGGAUAAAUAUUUAAUAGGUAUCUAAAGAAAUUCCAGAACUUGAACAAUUAAAUGUUGAGAUGAAUGAAUAGGAUUAAUAUUAGAUGUUUCAAGAAUUAAAUCUAACAGAUAAUGAAAUUAUAUAGUUAAAUUUUUCUAAAUAUGAACUUCUUUAAAUAAUUGAACAUGUUGAAGAAAAGUAUAAAUAGACUAAAGAACAAUUGGAGUAAAUUUUACCAUAGUUUGAAAAAGCAUAGGAGAGCCUUAAAUUGUCAAUAAUUGCAAAGGAGGAAGAAAAUAAAAUGCUGAAUAAAUGUAAAUAAUUGUAAUUAUUUUAGAAAUUGAAGAAUUAGUUGCAGAAAUUGAUCGAUUAAGUAUCAUCAAUACUGACUAAUAAACUAUUCUAAAUUAAAUUAGCGAAUAACAUUAAAGCAAUCCAGAUCAUAGUUAAUUGCUGUAAUAUUUACAAAGGUAAAUAUUUAUUAUAUCAUUUAGGCAACAUAGUGUUAUAUAGGAAUAGGAACAUGAAUUAGAAGAAUUGCGUAAGAUCUUUGCUAAAAAACAAUUAAACAAUAUCUUUUAAGACAAAGAAAAUUAUACCAAUAUUUAAACUUUAGAAAGCAGAAUAUUUAUUUAUUCAGAAAAAUUAAAAGAAUUAAAUUAAUUGGUGUAAACACUAUAAAAAGAUUUAGUCAAAUUAGAAAUUUAAAAAUCAUUAGUGGAGAAGAAAUUAGAGGAAACAACCUAACAAAAAGAUUCAGAAAUACAAAAACUUAAAUUAGAAAUUGAUGAUAUCUAAUUGCAGAACCAAAAACUAUAAUCUGAAAUAAAUACAAGAUCUAAAGUUCUUUCGAUUCAUUCCUAAUCCUCUUAACAUUUAUUGGCUUAGGAACUUUAGGAGAGUCAUGUUAAGAUUCAGAAUUAUGAAAAGAAUUCUGAUGGAAUAUAAACAAAUGCAGCAUAUCUAUCAUAAAUUGAAGAACACUUUUUAGCGGAAAAGGAACAGUAUCAUUAGAUAAUAUAUAAUUUGAUGGCAGAUUAAAAAAAAUAGGAAAAACUGUAUAACGAUUUGCAGAAAGAAAAUGCUUAAAUUUAGCAAAAUUAUCAACAUUUGUUAAAAAUAAAAUAUGAAACAGGAAACCUGACUCCCAAAAUUAAGAAAUUAGAACUCUAAAAUGAAUUACUUAAAAAAAUAGUGGAUGGCUUUAUUUAAACAAAUAGUUAAUGUUGA